AUGCUCGCUUCGGAUCCCACUUUUCCUCUUUUCCCAAUCUUCGCUUUUCUUGGUUUCGUGCUCAGCGUCCUACCGUUAUCGUGGCAUCUUCAAGCAUGGAACUCCGGGACCUGCGCCUUCAUGAUAUGGACUGGGCUCGCUUGCCUCGUCACUGGAAUCAACUCCCUCAUAUGGGCUGAUAAUGCUCUCAAUGUUGCUCCUGUCUGGUGCGAUAUCUCUUGCCAGAUAAUUCUUGGUGCUAGCCUUGGUAUACCAGCUUCAACGCUAUGUAUCAGUCGACGGCUGUACCGUAUCACUUCGACCCACACAGUUUCAAUCACUCGUGACGACAAAUUACGCGCCAUCUACAGUGACCUAGCUAUUGCUCUCGGGGUCCCCGUAUUGUUUCUAAUCCUACACAUCAUAGUUCAACCGCACAGAUUCGACAUUUUCGAGGAGUAUGGCUGUUCUAGCGUCACUUUCGAUACGCUGGCGGCGUAUUUCCUUUACUAUUUGUGGCCUGUGGCCAUUGGACUCGCUUCCUUGGUCUAUUCGAGUUUGAUAUUGCGUACUUUCUACAUGCGGCGUAUUCAAUUCAACCAAAUUCUUUCCUCCAACGGAAUGAUCAACCCGAGCAGAUAUUUUCGACUCAUGCUUCUCGCCUUAAUCGACAUCAUGUGUACUGUGCCUAUUGGGACAUUUACAAUCUAUGUUAGUUUGAAGGGUGUAACGUUGAAUCCAUGGAUUUCCUGGGACGAUACGCACUUCGACUUUGGUCGUGUCGUCUUAAUUCCAGCUGUUAUCUGGCGCAGUGAUUUCAGGACAUAUACUUCCCUUCAAAUCACACGUUGGGUUCCUAUCAUAUGUGCAUUCCUCUUCUUUGCGUUGUUUGGCUUCGCUCAGGAGGCCACGAAAAGUUAUAAGCGUGCAUUCUGGUUCAUCACCGGAAAAUUGGGCUUCCAUGGUGGCAAGGGAAAGGGCGGUGCGCUUUCUGGGUACGUCGACCACCCAUCUUUUUUCGAUCUGAUGUUUAUUUUGUUCUGA